AUUUUGGGUGGCUGCACUUCCUUGACCUUCAUUGGUUUAUAGUGAACAGAAUAUAUCCGAUUCUCUAUAGCUGAUUGGUCUACUUAUGGAUCUGCUGCAUCCUGACCAUAACUAUUGGCAACGAUAUAGAUUUUUGGUUGAUUUUCGCCAUUCGAUCCAAAGAAUUAUUCUUCACAGAGAUGAUUCUGGCCUCUUGCUUCAUCUCUACGAUGACAUGGAAAUCUCCAAUGGCUCUUGUAUUAUGCCCUUUUGCAGAUGUCUACUUAACAGUCACAAACUACUGUUUGAUAGAUAUGCUGAUCAAAUAUUUUUUGUGAUUUAUAGAGGUCUUGAUAUGCAGAUGGAAACUUCACCCAAAAAUUUCACCUUUGUGAUGUCACCAUUGGUGAACAUUGGAUUAACAACAUAUUCGCACACAGAUCAAGCAUGCACACCAAAUGGGGUCCAAACCGAAAUCGCUGAUGCUAAGAAGUCAGAAGGGGAAGCCGUGAAAAAUACUACCAAUGCGUUGGACUUGCCAUCAUGGAGCACACUUCAUGUUGCAUCAUCAGAACCCUCUGAUAAUGGUUUACACUUACCCGAUGAAAAUGGUGAUGAACUUGAUGCAGAUGGGAGCAUCGACAGCGAGCUCUUCAGGGAACAGAAGGGGCUCCAGGUUCACGAAACGACAGACACCAUGAAUUCAGGACGUAAUUCAUCGAGCGGGCUUUUCACGGAGCCCGAAUUCAGUGUCGCACCGUCAACACCCCCGAAGCAAGUUGCUUCCGUUUCGCGCGUUCCAAGAUCACCAUCGAAAUUUAUCGGCGUCAUCAUUCCGAGAUCAGCGCAUUCCACACCAAAUAGACACGGGUCACUAUGCACACCCUCAAUAACGACGGCGAAGUUGGUUCCUAAAUCUGUUCGUGACGGCGCAUCAGGUCCUGCCAUAGCACAACAUGAUAUCAACAUACCAAUUCCGUUGCAAUCUGGAACCAAAACUCCUGGCUCUGGCAUCGAUGUGCCACCUCACACUCUCACAACAAUCGCUCCUGGUCCCGUGGUCGCUCGCGAAGAACCUGCCGUUCAUCAUGGCGAAUCUCUUGUUGGCGCACUGACAGCCGCAUUUUCCCAGAACGCCAAGAUGAAUAAUGCAUUGGCAACCACAGCAAAGGAUACUCCGGUUUUAAAUGACAGACCCCCCAAGAUCACCCCAGCGACACCACCUCAGGAGAGACCAGUCAGAUAUCGCACAAAGAUCCAAAAACAUGUUCACUUUGAUCCAGAUGAUAUCGAGGAAUGGCUAGAAACCGACUACGCCAGUAUCCAGGACCAUAGCAGCAUCCCGAGUAGCAAAGAGCUUCUCGAAGUCACUUUAGAAGCCUUGCGCCAAGUUCGGACUAGUCACGACGCACCAGAACGGACACAAAAACGGUGGGAGAAUGACCCCAAGUCAUUGACAGAAAACUAUCUCUCGAGAGUUGGCGACUGGUUCGGCGAGGAAGCACUGAAGAACGUGAAGCUUAUGGGUCGUAAGCCUCCGAAGGCGUCCACAAAAUCAGCACGGUCGAGGGAGAUGUCAGUGGAAGUAGACACCCCUACCAAUGAAGUCGUGGAGGAAAACGUAGGAACAUACCUGGGAAAGCGGAAGCGCCCCGACGACGCCACGGACAAACAAGCACCAGUCGAAGUAUCUGCUUUGCAAGACAGCCUAGAUGCGGAUACAGACACGCUGCAAACCGAACGUAUCGAAAGCAUGGAGAAAACAGGGUUCAGCGAGUCCUCUGUUUCUCUGAUUCAGAAAUUGGUCAAGGGUAAACGAGCCAUGGAGCCAAAGGAACUUCGAGAGCUUCACAUAUUUCUUUCCGAUAUUAAACGAAUGGGUGAGAACGUUAACUGGAGUGGGGUAAGCAUUCUGUUGAUCGUGACCGACUGCCACUGGAACAUUACAUGCAGAGCCUUGGCUGGGUAAUGUGGGACAGCUUGAAGAGGCUUAGCUCCAUGGAAGAUGCACCAAAAAGAUUAAGAGCUACGGCACUCGAAAUUUUUCAGUACUGGCAAGCACGACUGGGUCUGUGAGUUGGUGGUGGUCAACAUCAACAUUGGUAUUUUGAUCGCGCGGUAGCCGGGCCGGCGAAGACAUUUUCGUGAACAUGGUCCCUUUUUUGGUUCUUCACUGU